CGUGACCCGACCCCCCAGAGUCAAAGCCAAUAAUUCCAUUCCCAAUUCCCUACUCGCCAUCGCCAUUGGCGGGCUCGGCCAACUCUUGUCAAACUUCUCCACCCCGCAUUGAAAACUCCCUAUCGCCUGUCGCCCGCUAGCUCUGCUUCAUCCUCCCAUAUCGAAACCUGCCCAUAGCCCGUCUCGCUCUCCGCAAAGUUUAUAAUCCCGGCGCCGGAUCGAGAGAGAGAUAGAGAGAGGGUGCACCGUGCAUGGUUUAAUCUGUGGCGCGACUGCGGGAGCGCGGGCGCGCGCGUUAAAUAUGGGCAUCCUGGAUCACUCGGAGGACGAGGAGGAGGAGGGGAGCCACUACGGCGGCAGCGGCGGAGGCGCGAGGUUCGGCGCGCGGCGGCAGAAGCCGAGGUCCAAGAGCCACCACCAGCUGCUGCUCAUGGACAGCGUCGGCGGCGGCGCGGACGGGGAGUGCGCGUCGGAGGAGGAGGAGGUCGUGCCGCUGCCGGAGUACGAGCGGCUGUCCCAGUCCGCGCGCCUCCCGGGCGACGACGACGACCCGGCUGGCGCCGAGGCCCCGCCUCCUCCGGCCGAGCGGAGCGCGUCCCUGACGCCCCCGCCGCGGCAGCAGCAGCAGCAGAAGCCGGCGGCGUGGCGGCUGCUCCAGUACGUGCGGUCCAUGCACAGGUCUUCGGCGGGGGCCGUGGUGGCCGGCGGGUACUGCGGCGGCUCGUCGGACGGCGACUCCAAGAGCUCCGACGGAGACAAGGAGGGGAUCGACGGCGAUAAGGAAAGGGUCGACGGCGACGGCGACGGCGACGGCGAGGGGAGGAAGGACAAGCAGCGGAAGAAGAAGCGCUCCUCGUGGCUGCCGGACCCCGACCGCCGGUGGCCGGUGCAGGGGUUCUACUAGGGGUCUUCGCCGUGUGUCGUGGACUUGUCGUCGCGUUUAAUUCUCUUCGUUGAUCGUACUGUGUCUGUACGUGUACGUCGAAGCUGGUACCCAUGACGUGUCACCUACUCUGGGUCUUCGCUGAUCUUGUUCGAGUUUGUUUCCUUUCCCUUUCCUGGUGAUUUCGAUGUCGAUGAUGAGCAGAAAAAAGAGUAUUUCUCUUAUCCACUA